UGCUGUCGGCGGCCUGUCGCGGGGGGGCUCCUUAGUCACUGCUGGCGAAGGGGCAGUAGGAAUCCCCCUCCCCCCAACACUGCAGGGGGCCAGCGCGGUCGGGAGGCUGGAGCCUCCGCCUCACCGGGGGGACGCGCUGCCCACCCGCGAGCCGUCUCAGGCGCCUCCUUCCCCCGCGGGCCCCAGAUUUUCCGCGGGCGGCUCCCUGUCCGGAGAGCCCCUGCGGGCAGUGCGCGCGGCCCGGCGUGGAGUAGGCGUCCCCGGAGCUGCCGGAGUGUGGACGUGACCAAGAACCGGGGGGUGGGGAAUGGCGAUCCGUGCUGCAGUUCGCUAGUGUUACCCGGUGCGACCCCUCCCGGAGCCCUGGGUACCGAGACUCCUUCCUGCUUUAGCGGUACCGGCCCGGGUAGCGCCAGUGUGGGAAGGCUAUUGCACUAUAAAGGAAAAUGUCUUUUUUUUCAAAAAUAUUACUGCAACCAGAAGUUGAAGAAUACCUUGGGAAUGUGUUUAGAAAUAAGGAGCUCAUAAGUGCUUUAGGCACUCUGGAAGCAGAGAGAAAAUAUGAAUCUCUGUUAAAUUGUCUAUCUCAUCCUCCAGCUUUCACAACUGUUAGAGUUAACACUCACUUGGCUUCUGUGAAACAAGUGAAAAAUCUGCUGUUUGAAGAGAUCCACAAGCAGUUUAAAGAUCUUAGUGUGCCAGUUCUUCAGCACCCAGAACUCCAGGACAUCUUACUUAUUCCUGUCAUUGGACCCAGGAAGGAUCUACAAAAGCAAUCAUCUGAAGUCAUUGUUGGAGCCCAGUGUGGGAAUUCAGUGCUACGAGGAGCGCAUGUCUUCGUUCCAGGAAUCAUAUCUGCUUCAAAAUUUAUGAAAGCUGGAGAUGUGGUCUCUGUAUACUCUGAUAUUGAAGGGAAGUGUAAAAGAGGAGCCAAAGAAUUUCUGGGAACCAAAGUUUUUAUUGGAAAUGGGAUUUCUGAAUUGAGUCGCAGUGAAAUCUUCAGUUCAAGUGGCUCACUCAAAGGAAUAGGUGUAAGAAUGACAGACCCAGUCUACCGUAGUCCUUCGUUGGACAAUGUGCUGUCCAGUUAUUUGUUUUUGCAGAACUUGCCCUCUGCAGUUGUAAGCCAUGUUUUAAGCCCUCAGCCAGGAGAGAGAAUUCUGGACAUGUGUGCUGCACCUGGGGGAAAAACAACCCAUCUUGCAACAUUAAUGCAUGAUCAGGGUGAAGUGAUAGCCAUGGACAAGAUAGCUAACAAAGUCAAAAAAAUCAGGCAGAAUGCAGAAUUGUUGCAGCUGAAUUGUAUUAAAGCAUUUUGCUGUGAUGGAACUAAGGCACUUGCCAUUGGGAAGAAAGAAGAUGGGCAAGAAGGCCCUCCAUUCUCAGCAGAGUCAUUUGAUCGAAUUCUUCUUGAUGUUCCUUGUAGUGGGAUGGGACAGAGACCAAAUAUGGCCUAUUUCUGGACUCUAAAAGAAGUGAUGUCUUAUCAGCCAUUGCAACGCAAGCUUUUCAGCACGGCAGUGAAAUUGCUGAAGCCAGGAGGCACUUUGGUGUAUAGUACAUGUACAAUUACACUGUCUGAAAAUGAAGAGCAGGUCGCCUGGGCCCUGGAAACUUUUCCCUGCCUCCAGCUUCAGUCACAGGAACCACAUAUUGGAGGAGAAGGCAUGAUGGGAGCUGGAUUGUCACUUGAUCAGCUGAAGCUGCUGCAGAGGUUUGAUCCAUCCAGUGUGACUUCACAUGGAAUGGAUAUUAACUCUUUGCAGGAUUCCAGGGAAGAAGACCUGAUCUUGCUGGCAAAUAAAGACUGUAUAGGAUUUUUUAUUGCGAAAUUUAUUAAAUCGAACAGCAAAUAGACAUUUAGCAACACCUUUUGAGUUAAGAAUGGUCCAACUGUUAACUGUGUCUUCUCAUGCAUUGUUGUCAAGCCAACAGGCUGAUGACAUGGUUUUUUAUAGAUGCCGUAAAAUCUCCUAGCUGUUUUACUGGGACAGAGCCACAGAUCUGGAACAAGAAAGUCACAGUUGCAGGAGGUGUUGAUUCAUUUUUAUGUCUCCAUUAGCUUUUGUAUUUAUAGUAGGUCAGUGGCGGAAGGAAAGGUAAAUGGAUUCAGAUUACUGGUUGUUGACUUUGUGUACAGUAUUGCACAUUUAGAUUACUGCUUGUUUUCUGUUUUAACUUGUUGGUUUAAUGUGUACAGUAUUGCAUAGGAACAGGUUUUGCUCUGGGAAUUUAAAUUUUAUAAAAUGCAAAAAAAUCCAGAUUAAGUACAUUGAAAAAUAUAAAGUCAAAUUUUGUAAAGAAUGAUAGUUUCUAUAGGGAAUUUAGAAAUUACUGCAUCAUUAAAUAGUGAUGUGAAAUAGUUGCAUUUCACAAAGAGCUGUUUUAUAAAUUAAUAAUUAUAACAUCUCAUCUCCUUUAUUUUACUAUAAGCAAGCUUCUCUAUUCUGAUUAUAGACACACAAUACAAUAGGCUUUGUAGCAUGUAUUUUUUACAGCAGCAUAUGUAUACUGCCCCUCUCCCUUCAGGGAAUGAAAGAUACAGUGCUUAAAGCUCAAAUUUGCCAUUUGUAAGCCUGGAGCAGUUCAGAAACAGCACUGCUGGACUAAUUGACUAGGGGCAGUUUUAAAGUCCAAUAUCACUUGCAUCAUGAGGGCUACAGUCUAAUAAUAUAUGCCAUUGAGAUGGUGAAUAGCUCAGCUUUUUCAUGGCACAGAGUAUCACAUUCCUGUCUCUACCUGGCAGAUUGUGACAUCUAAUCCUAUAAUUACAGAAAUAUAGGGCUGGAAGGGACCUCACGGUCAUCAAGCGCAGGUCCCUGCACUGAGGCAGAACCAGUUAAACCUUGACCAUCCCUGAUAGGUGUUUGUCCAACCUGUUCUUAAAAACCUCCAAUGACAGGACUCCAUAACAUGCCUUGAAAGCCUGUUCUAGUAUUUAACUAGCUUUAUAGCUAUUAGGGAAAAUCUUCCUCGUCCCACUGCGUCUCCAUGGUCAUGGAAAGUACGAGAACAAUUGAACACCAUCCUCUUUAUAACAACCCUUCACAUAUUUUAAGACUGUUACCCGGUUCCCCCCCCCCCCCCCCCGCCCAGUCUUCAAGACUAAACAGGCUCUAUUUUUCUUUAAUCUUUCCUCACAGGUCAGAUUCUCUAAAUCAGUGGUCCUCAAACUUUUCAGGGUCAUGACGUUACCCCUGUCCCGCCCCCCCCCCCGGCACCGAGAGCAUGGCUGCAACUUCCCAGAGGUGCACAGGGGUAAGGGGCUGUAGCUAGGGACAGGGCUAGGAGUAGAAUCCUGGCCAGGGGUCAAGGCUGGGGCUGGUGGUCAGGUGCGAAGCCUUUGCUGAAUCUGGGGCAGAACUGGGUAGCACUGUCUCACUGCCUGUUGAGGUUGACCUGGGCCCUGCCAGGCUCUCCCUGCCCCAAACGUUUCUCUGUGUGUCCCACAGUUUGGGGACCAGUGCCCUAAACCUUUUAUUAUUGUCAUUGAUCGUGUUUGGACUUUCUCCAAUUUAUCCAUGUCUUUCCUAAAGUUUGGCACCCACAGCUGGACACAGGACUCCAGCUGAAGGCUGACUACUAUGGAGUAGCACAGGACUGUUAUCUUCCAUAAACGUUAAUGUUAAUACACACCAGAAUAUUAUCCUUUUUCACAACUGCACCACAUCGUUGGCUCAUAUUCAGUUUGUGAGCCACUAUAAUCCCCAACUCCUUUUCAGCAGGACUACCACCAACCCAAUUAGUCCUCAUUUUUUUUCUCUUCCUUCAGUGAAGUACUUUGAUUUCUGACCAAUUCUACAAGGUAAUUUUGAAUUCUAAUCCUUUCCCCCAAAGUGCCUGGAACAUCUUCCUAUCUUGGUGUCAUCUGCAACUUUUGUAAGCAUACACUCCACUCCAAGUCAUCAAUGACAUCAUGGUAACUUGCUACUUCCUCUCCCCCUCUCUCCUUUGAAACAUUAAUGUGGUGGUGAAUAUAUGACAAACUGCUAGAGACAGCACUCAGUGCUUAGUGCCAUCUGAGAAAACGUCACAAUCCACUUUGCAAGUGGCUGAAACGCUAGCUGAUCAGGAGACAUCGGGUCCAAAUUGAGAAGGGAAUUAAAAAAGAUGGCAAUGAGAACAGUUAACUUUAAUAAACCUGCAAAAAUGUAUACUAAUCCUGAAUGCCUCCAGCUAUUUGGUGUACAUAGACAGUGUUAGGGCUUGUGUAGGAAUGAAAAAGGUGGGUGCAGUUCAAACAACCUACAGUCAGGGAUUGAUGGGGGAAUUUGUCCCUUGUUUUUGACUGACAACUUUUGUUUAAAACUAUUACUUAAAUAAAGUGAGAGUGUUGAAGUAAAACUAUAUUUGGUUUGAGUGAACAGCAUGAAUGGUAUUUCCUUCUGUAAAAGUAAAAUAGUUUGAGUUCACUUCAGUGUUUCCUGCCUGAGAUGCUACUGCUUGGUUUGCAAUUAAAACAACCUAGUACAAGUUA